AUGGAACCUUCGCCUCUCCGGUCACAACAAGAAGGUCCAAGCACACGCAAUUUGCCUCAGAUGCAAUCACUGUAUGAUUCGACCUUCUUGGGAGACGAUUGCCUACUCUCUUCCAUCAUGGAACUCCCAAACAAAUCCGAUGCUGACGACCUACUAAGCAGUCUUGGUCCCGCCGUUGAUCCCACCCCCUCUACUGAUAGUGCUAUUGACUCCAAAAGAAGCUUGCAAGAUUUCGUCUCUUUUUACAACGACAAGCGCAGCCGUCCUAUGAACGCCGUGACUGCUGACAAAGAAGAAAGCACAGCCCGCUUUCGCCCUUACCAAGACAAGCAAUGGAGAGCUCAGUUCCAAAGGCUCAUCCAAUACAAGAUGAAGCACGGACACUGUUGCGUUCCUCAUUCCUACAAAGAAGAUCCUAUGCUUGCGCGAUGGGUCAAGCGACAAAGAUACCAAUACAAGAAGUUCAAGGAUGGUAAUCCCUCAUCCACCAUCACUACUGCUCGCAUCCAAGAGCUCGAAUCGAUUGGCUUUGUGUGGCACUCGCAUGCUUCUGCGUGGCUAGAAAAGUUCAAUGAGCUCAAAGCCUACCAGCAAAAAACGGGUCACUGCAAUGUUCCAUCGGACUAUCCCGAGAAUCGUGCAUUGUCCAGUUGGGUCAAGUGCCAACGUCGCCAGUAUAAACUGUUCAGCGCUGGUUCUUCUAGUAUGACGAUAGAUCGCUUACAAGCGUUGGAAUCCUUGGGCUUUGUGUUUGAACCGCAACUGGUGUCAACUAGACGAGUGGGUUUGGAUAUAGUAGAUGCGUAUCGAGAAGUAUCCAGUAUUAUCAAUAAUAACUAUUAA